AUGCCAGGGAAGACGGCGGGGAACUUGGGGUUGUUUUUCAUUCUCUACAGCAUCACUGCGAUCAGGCUGGGAGAAACCGGCCAGCCAGUGGCUGAGAACGAACUGAUCGCCAAUUGCUCCAACGGGCACCUGAUCAGCGUUCCCACGAAUGUGUCUUCUGGGACCACCACGCUAGACCUCUCCCACAAUAACAUAUCCCAGCUCCAGCCCUCUGACCUGAGAUCUCUCGUCAGGCUCAGAGUGCUGCUCCUCUCUCACAACACCAUCAGGCAUCUGGAUGCCAACGUCUUUCACUACAAUGAGGCGUUGGAGCAUUUAGACUUAUCCUAUAACCUCCUGGAAGAGAUUUCUUGCUAUCCGCUCGGGAGUCUCAGACACCUGGAUCUCUCCUUCAACAACUUUCACACUGUACCUGUCUGCCCUGAGUUCGGGAGCCUGCCGCACCUGGAAUUCCUAGGGCUGAGCGGGGAGCAGAUGCGGAAAUCAGAUUUCCAGAAAAUUGCUCAUUUACCCCUAAAUACCGUCUUUCUGAACUUAAACACUCCAAUCCGUUAUGAAGAGGGCAGCCUGCCAGUUUUGAACCCUGCCAAACUCCACAUUGUCUUGCCGGGAGACACUGAUUCCCUGCUUAUUUUGAAAGAUGGCAUGAAAACUUCCAAAAUCUUUGAGCUCUCAAAUCUAUGUCUGCUUCCAAGCUGUAACACUCAACAAAAUCCCCUUCCGGAGACCCUCCGGGACUCCAAGACAACACAGCUGUCUCUCAGUCGAAUCAACACAGCCUGGAAGGAAUUUCUCCGGAUCCUCCAGUUUGUGUGGCAUUCAUCCGUCCGGCAUCUCCAUAUUCGAAACGUGACCUUUAAUGAUUAUCCCAACUCCCAGUCUGCCCACUUUGACUAUCUCGGGACCGCAAUGAGAGCCAUAACGGUGGAACAGGUACACGUACAGACUUUCACUUUCCCCCAGGACCUAGCCUACCAACUCUUUACCAAAAUGGACAUCGACAAUCUGACUCUAUCUGAUGCCCAAAUGCCACAUAUGGUGUUUCCGAAGGGUGUGCGGAGAUUUCGGUACGUGAAUUUUUCCAACAACGCCCUGACGGAUGCAUUCUUCAACACGGACACCAGGUUCCCGGCUUUGGAAACCCUCGCUCUGCGAAGAAAUAUGUUGACGACCCUUUCUGUGGCAAGUUCCUUUGCGGCACACACCCCCUUGAAGUUCAUAGAUCUGAGUGAGAAUCACCUGCAGCAUAGGGAUGACACCCCCUGCUUCUGGCCGGAGACGCUGGUGGCCGUGAACUUCUCGUCCAACAAGCUGGCUGAUUCUGUUUUCGGAUGCCUGCCAAAGAACAUCCAAGUUCUUGAUCUCCAGAACAAUGAGAUCAGGUCGGUGCCCCGAGAGAUGGCAGAUCUGAAAGGGCUGUUGGAGCUCAACAUCGGGUCAAAUUUUCUGACCGAUCUCCCUGGAUGUGGUCGUUUUAACAGUCUAGCCGUGCUGAACAUUGAAAUGAAUUUGAUUCUCACCCCGUCUCUCGAUUUCUUCCAGUCCUGCUCCACUCUUAAGUCGGUCAAAGCAGGGAACAAUCCCUUUCGGUGCUCCUGCGAGUUACGAGAUUUCAUUCAUCUGGAAAAAAGGUUCGAGGGCCUGAUGGUUGGCUGGGCUGAGUCAUACAGAUGUCAGUAUCCCAGCUCUCUGAAAGGGACCUUGCUGAGGGACGUCCACCUGUCCGAAUUAGCCUGCAACGUUCCCCUGCUGGUGGGGACCGUGCUGGUGAUCCUGUUGGUCAUGGUGGCGGCCGGGAUGGCCCUGUGCCUCUACAUGGAUGUGCCCUGGUACCUGAGGAUGACUUGGCAGUGGGCGCAGACCCGGCGCAGGGCCCGGCAGGUGCCCCCCACGGAGCUCGAGAGGAUGGCCCAGUUCCACGUGUUCGUCUCCUACAGCGAGCGGGACGCGUCCUGGGUCAAGGCCGAACUGAUCCCCAACCUGGAGAGCGCCGCCGUGAGCGUCUGUCUGCACGAGAGGAACUUCGUCCCCGGCAAGAGCGUGGUGGAGAACAUCAUCAGCUGCAUCGAGAAGAGCCGCAAAUCCAUCUUCGUCCUGUCCCCCCACUUUAUCCAAAGCGAGUGGUGCCACUACGAGCUCUGCUUCGCCCACCACCAGCUGUUCCAAGAGGGUUCCGACGGCCUCAUCCUCAUCGUGCUGGCCCCGAUCCCACGGCACAGCAUCCCUGCCCGCUAUCACAAGCUCAAGUCCCUCAUGGCACAGAAGACCUAUCUGGAAUGGCCCCGGGAGAGGAGCAAGCAGCUCCUGUUCUGGGCGAACCUGAGGGCUGCGGUGAAUGUUCAUUUACCUAAAUCUAUCGAGACGGAUGGACUCUAGAGCGACCCACAGUCCUGAAGCUGGAGGAGUGCAGACCUUCCACCUCUGGGGCUCUCUGUCAGCCCAAGCAACCCCUCCCUCACGUUCCUCAUCCGCGAGCGAGCCCAGGGGUGAUUGGGUAUGGGCCCGGAGUAGCCUUGAAUUAUCCAUCAGCAAGCGACACCCGUGGAAAUAAGACAAGUGAGUGGGAGAGAGCUGAUUGAGGGCCUUAAACCAAUCAACCAAUCAAUCUAAUUUAUUGAGCACUUACUCUGGGCAGAGCACUGUAUUAAAUGCCUCAGAGAGUACGCUACAAUGGAGUAAGCCGACAGGAAUUUCUGCUCGAUGUGGAGAUGGAUGGGCAAUUACUGGAGCUUUUUGAGAAGUGGAGAGGUGCAUGUAAAAUGAUAUUUUAGAGAAAUGAUUUGGGCAC